AAAUACCAAAAAUGGAAUGCAAGCCUUCUGCUGAGUCCUCGCAACUGAACUAAGUUGAGAAGCGUCCUCGAAUGACUGCCAUCGUUGCGAAAGCUCUCGCUUCUGCGGACAAUAACACUUACACGUCCUCUUCUCUCUCUAGCUUUCUCUUUCAAACAAACCUUCUCCAAUUUAAACCUACAAUUUCUAUGUUCAUCACGCAUUUCCGCCUGUAAAUUGCAAUUUCUUAGCUUCGUUUAAAAAUUUUAGCUGCAAUAUUAGCGCUUCUCCGAAUUGCGGAGGUGGAGGAUGCGGUUACUACUGCGAAAGCCUGAAAUAACGAAAGUUAGUGAUAGAAUUACUGGAAAUGGAUCAUUACGGAGUAGGCAAGGGUUUAAGACUUGUAAUAGAAGCAUUGUGACCAGCUGUAGAGCGGUGUUGUUGCCGCGAUUCGGCGGUCCCGAUGUUCUCGAGCUCCGUGAUAAUGUUAAUGUUCCUGAUUUGAAGCCUAAUGAGGUUCUCGUCCGCGCUCGCGCCGUCUCUAUUAAUCCGCUCGACACUCGAAUGCGAGCAGGCUAUGGUCGUUCAAUUUUUGAGCCACUCAUGCCCUUGAUUUUGGGCCGUGAUAUUAGUGGUGAAGUUGCAGCUAUAGGAAACUCUGUACGCUCCCUCGGAAUUGGGCAGGAAGUGUUUGGUGCGUUGCACCCAACCGCUGUUAGGGGUACUUACACUGACUACGCCAUUCUUGCAGAAGAUGAACUUGCGCCAAAACCAGCUCCUAUUUCACAUGUGGAAGCAAGUGCAAUUCCUUUUGCAGCUCUGACUGCCUGGCGUGCAUUGAAGAGUACAGCCAGAAUUGCACAGGGGCAAAGAGUACUAGUGGUGGGUGGAGGGGGUGCAGUUGGUCUUUCUGCUAUUCAGCUCGCAGUAGCUGCUGGCUGCCAUGUUUCAACCACUUGUGGAGGUGAAAGUAUUGAUCGUGUUCUGGCAGCUGGUGCUGAGGACGCUGUUGACUAUAACAUGGAGGAUCUUGAAGUAGCAAUUAAAGGCUAUUUUGAUGCUGUUCUGGACACAAUUGGUCUGCCUGAGACUGAAAGAAUAGGGAUAAAUCUUCUAAAGAGGGGAGGACAUUACAUGACACUGCAGGGGGAAGCUGCAUCACUAACUGAUAGGUAUGGAUUAGCUAUUGGCCUCCCAUUGGCAACAGGAAUUUUGUUAAAGAAACAAAUACAGUAUCGAUAUUCUCAUGGAAUAGAAUACUGGUGGACUUACAUGAGGGCUGAUGCUGAAGGUUUAGAGGAAAUCCGCAGGCUAUCUGAGGCUGGAAGGUUGAAAAUACCAGUUGAAAAAACGUUUUCCAUCACACAGGUUAGAGAGGCCCAUCAAGCAAAGGAUAGAAAAGGGCAUGUUCCUGGUAAAAUUGUGCUGGAGCUUGAAAAAUGAAAGGGCUGCAGAAACUGAAAGUGAGUCUACCCGACUUAAUUGCUCUUGCCGUUAUAUGACAGGAAGAUGUGAUUCGAAGAUUGUUGUUCAGAAAUGCAAGUGUGCAUAUGCUAUAUACGACAUUGUGAAUGAUCAUCCGAAGGGAUAUGUAGAUAAUUGGGAUGUUCUUAAUUUUGUAGUUGUUUAGGCGAAACUAAUAAGUAGGCAUGCGAUUGGGUUGCUAAGUUCGUCAUUUACUUUAGAGCUUAAUUUUUAUUUCGCUAAACUCCAAGUUGUCAAUUUGCCCAAGCUCGAACUGGCACCUUCAGCUUCUAAGAAGAAAAAACUUGGUCUUUGGGAUAAAAGAGUUUCACAAGCA